AUGUCCAAACGAAACCGAUCAUCAUUCAUGAGAGUGGAUCCAUUUUUCGUGGAUGAUGACUCAAGUGAUGAGGAUUAUAUUCCUUCCGACGAGGAAUAUCAAUCAUCCGAUCAUUCUGAAGGAAAGAUCAAUCCUCAUCUCUCAAAAAGAGAAUACAUUCAAUUACCACCUCACUUGACUGGAGUGAUUCGUGAAAAGGAUUUAAACAAGAUUCAUUUUGAACUAUUGACGAGUCAGAAUGAUUUGGAAGAAAUGGAAGAAAUGGAUGAGAUUUCUUGGAAGAAGGAACGAUCAAUAUUUCUCACUCAACAACAACAUGUCAUUCAUGAUGAAGGGCCAGUCCUGGAGAGAAUAUUUGUUUCACAUAUUUCUGAUUUUACAGAUCCAACUACGACACAUUCUUCCUCAUCAUCAUUGAAUGUCAAGCAAGAGAAUGAAGAAACAGCUCCGAAAAACCAAGUUCGUUUAGGAAUUCUUUGUCGAAAUAACAGUAAAGUGGAUGUGAUACUCAAAUUCUUCAUCGAUGGUAAAGAAUUGAAAGAAAUGGAGACUGUUGUACAGAAAGGAGAAGUUGUGAAUCUUCAUGGAUAUGACGAUUUAAGGAAGAAAAUGAGACAAAGACUCUUGCUUAACAAGUAUGUGCAUAAUCCAGAACGGACACAGAAUGUCACUAAUCAAGCAUCAAGUUCCACCCAGACAGAAAAUGGUUAUGGCGUUAUCAAAAUUGAGGUGUACAAGGCUACUUCAAUCAGAAAAUAUCAUGAUGAUUCUGAUGAAGAGGAGGAAGAGAAAGAGUGUGACAAAGAAAAAGAAAUUGACAAAUCUUCUUCGAAUUCGACUCCACUCCAAACAUUAUCCAAUACGGCACAAAAGCGUUGUGGCAUGCAAGUCACCAUUCAAUCGAGCAAAAUCCAACCACAUAAGAAAACAUCAAAAAGAGGCAAACAAUCACAAACUGAAACAAUAUUUUUCAAGGAAAACCUUCUUUUUCAAUCUCUUUACAAGUAUAGAAAUUAUUUGGGUUUUCUCGUCGAGUUGAACGAUUAUAAUAUUGAUUUGAAAAAGUUGAGUAACACUGCUCAAAGAAGAACAUUGAAAGAAGAGGACCAUUCAUCUGAUUACAGUGACGAAGAAGAUCAUGAUGGAAUUGCCACCAACUCAGCCCCAACAAUAGUCAAAAAAGAGGAAGACUUAAUCGUGGAUCUCACUGAAGAGGAACCACCCAAGGCCAUUGAGACCAUUCCAUUAGAGAGUGACAGCGAAGAAAAUGUCAUGACACCAAAGAUGACCACUCAAAACUCCAUCGCAGAAUGCACAUACAUUUUCACUGAAACUACCCAGGAUGUCACUAGAAAGACCGUAGAUGAAUUGAGAACAUUUAUCAAACUUAACGACGAAGAGUUGUACAACAAUAUUAGAAACAUAUUGAGUGAGAAGGAAAUUUCUGGAAGCAGGUUCAUGAGUCUUAGUUCAGCUGAUUUUUAUCAAAUGAAGUUAGACAUGAAGGAUCAAAUUAAGAUUCUGCAAAUAACGAAUAGAAUUCACCAAAAUUCAAGUUGCCUUAAUAGUGAUUGA